CCGUCCGUCCGUCCUCUUCACCGCUUCAUCUCUUUGUGUCUCCAUCUCUCUGUGAUGGCCCCGAAGAAGAAAGAAGAGCCCAAACCUGCUGCACCUGCGGCCCCCAAACCCCCAGAGCCCGAGCCCCCCAAGAUCCCGGACUUUGACCCCGCAUCCGUAACGCUGGAGUUCAGCCCCGAGCAGAUCGAGGACUUCAGAGAUGCUUUCCAGCUGUUUGACAGGACGCCGACCUGCGAGAUGAAGAUCACGUUCGCUCAGUGUGGAGAUCUGAUCAGGGCUCUGGGCCAGAAUCCCACCAAUGCAGAAAUCAUGUAUGUCCUUGGGAAACCCAAACCUGAAGACAUGCAAACCAAGAUGCUGGACUUCGACCAGUUUCUACCAAUCCACCAGCACAUCUGCAAGGCCAAGGAAUGCGGGACGUUCGAGGACUUCGUGGAGGGCCUCAGGGUCUUCGACAAGGAGGGCAACGGCACGGUGAUGGGUGCUGAGCUCAGACAUGUGCUGGCAACUCUGGGUGAGAAGAUGAGGGAGGACGAAGUGGAGCAUCUCAUGCAGAACCAGGAGGACGCCAACGGCUGCAUAAACUACGAGGCGUUUGUAAAAUACCUGAUGGCUUCUUAAAGGCCCAGAGCUCCUUCGUCCAUCUGCAGAACUUCACACUCCUCCACGUCCACAUCCCAUCCCAUCCUGUCAAGUUCAUAAAGAGUCAUUCAGAAGUCAAAGAAAAUUUCUGUUUUUUUCUUGUCUGUUCUUCAAAGUCUUCAUGCUCAGGAAGUGGAUAAUAAAUCUGUUAAAAAGA